CAAAUCACCUCCCGAACCACCCCUUUCAAGAUGAUACAACAUUUUUCAGACACCCUGUACAGCGAAAAUUAGUGAAAACAAAUUUAGUAACUAGAUAAACAGGAACCAAUCGGUUCAUGUUUGCCGCGAACGUUACGUUCAUUGUAAACGCCCAAUGAAGCGGCAGAAAUGAAUUCGAUAUGAACGGGCCUUAUACAAGGCCAAAAUACAAUUCGCGGUUUCUAAAGUAUCAAAAAAUUACUGGAUAUCUGCCGCGAAGCGCAAGAUACCUAGCGACAUGGAGGAGGUCGUGCUCGACAGGACCGACGAAACAAGUGUCUGUGUACAAGAUGGCGGCGCCCGGGGCCUUAACUGUCGUGAAAAUCGCCAGGAAGUAACCCGUAAACGGAAGCCGCGCGGUGUCGCAGCGAGCCGCGGAUCCCCGCUCCGAAGGAUGUGAUCCGAGGAAGAAGAAGAAGAAGGCCGAGUCCGGGCCAGAGGAGCCUUUUUCUACACUGCCACGAGGAAAUUCGGAUUAUCCAAAUUCCUCGGGCCAGUAUCGUGAUCCUCUUCGUGGCCACGCCGACGAUGGAGCCCAGGGAACGCUACCAGGAGCUCUGCAGACUUUGCGCAUCCUACGACGCCGUCAAGAUGGACAUCUUCGGUCAAGAGGGCAAGAGUAGACAGCUCGUUGACAAGAUACAAGCUUGUCUACCCUUUCAGAUUACAGAAGAUGAUCGCCUACCAAAAUGCCUCUGUUACCGGUGCACGUACAAUUUGGAAAAUUUCUACGAUUUUAGAACAGCAUGCGUCAAUGCAGUGGCCCUCUUGGAAAGAUGUUUACCACCCUCAGAAUCGGGUGCAGGUGUUACAACCACCAUAACUAGUUGCAACGAUUUACAGUUGCUGAAGAGAAAGGAAAGUAUGCCAAUGUUAAUUCCAGAGGCUCCUGUUGUGAAUCCAAAUGCUGCCUUAGGCACACCACCUAGAUUAAAUUCUGAUGGAGAGGCUGAUCACGAGACCGAAGAAAUUGUUGACAAUAGUGGCACGGAUGAAGCCACGAUAGUGGACGAUUCUGAGGAUCGUCGUUCAGAAGAGUAUGAAAUGGAUAUGGAAACAAAUCCAAGCGACUUUUUGGAAAUGACUUCGAUAGUCGCGGAAGAACCUGCAGAAUCAGAAUUAAGACAUCAAGAACUUCCUAAUAGCUUACCAGAGCACACAUCCCAACAACAUGAAGUUUAUGUUUGUUCCUUGUGUAACAAAGCAUUCAGUUCAAAGGGCCAUUUAUCUUUGCAUGCACGUAUCCACGUUGGAGCUGGUGAUGUGAUUGGUGAAAAAGUUCUUACGGAUGAUCACACUUCGUACAAGAGACCUUAUCAGUGUGAUCUUUGCCAUAAAUCUUAUUCGACCGGAAAGCACCGCUGGGGCCAUGUAUCAACGACUCAUAGAGGCCACCCAGCUGUGACAUGCGGUUAUUGUUCACGGAUUUAUUCGACCCGAAAAAAUUUGGAAGAACAUAUAACAUCGCGUCAUGCCGGUCUUCCUGCGCCCACGGAGGUUCCAGUGAACAAUUCCUAUCGUCCAGAAAACAGAUGUCAGUGCAACGCCUGUGGAAAAAUUUGUAUGGAUGCUAUGGAAUUGAAUCUUCAUGGAAGGAUCUGCAUCGAAGAACAGAGAUUAGAUCACUUGGCGAAAAGUAAGAGUAGGGAUAGUAAAAUUGUGGAUAGUUCUGAAGCGUCAAGUAUCGGUAGCGAUGAUGAUAGCAAAGACUAUAGGAGUGCAGAGGCAAAGCUGGCUAAAAAUCCUCAAUUGACAAUUCUGAAACAAGCAUUAACAAAAGGAGAUAAUCUUAAACGAGAUCUCGAAGACAAGUUCACAGCAAAUUGUAAACCAAAAAAGCUGCCAAAAACAGAAAGCACAGAUAUGAGAAAUGACAGAAAAUGGUACUGUGAAUCUUGUCCUCAACUUUUCACCUCGAUCGAUGAUUUGAAGGAACACGAAGCAAUUCACGAUGCUGAUAAGCCAUUCAUCUGCAUUCUGUGCAAAAAAGAUUUUGUUCUCAAAUCUUCUUUAAGCAGACAUAUUCAAACGUUACACGGCGUUGAUCCAUGUCCUAUCGUAGAAAGCGAUAAGUGUUUAAAGAAAAGUGUAUUACGGAAUUGGAACGAAUCUAUAGAUGUUGAUUACGAGGGAAAGACUUCUUCUGAAUUCCCGUUAUCUCCAGAGACAAAUGUUAAAAACGAGGAAGAGGAUCGCGAGAGUAGCCAAGAGAACCUUAUCGAAAUUGAAACUGUGUUCGUUUGCGAAAUCUGUACUCGCGACUUUAAUGAUCGCGCAUCUCUUUGGCUUCACAUUCGAGCUACUCACAAAGAAUUCGCAGCGUUUGCAUGCGGCGUUUGUUUGAAGAUCUGUGCAGACAACACGCAACUUUUGAAUCACGUGAACAUGUAUCACGGUGGUUCAAAAUUAUUACUUUCUGAGCAAAGAAGGUAUAGCUGUACGAUUUGUGGUAGGCAGCACGAUUCUAGAAAAAAAUUGAUCGCGCAUGUGUCUAUACAUAAUGUAGAUCCAAAUUACGAUCCUGCUACCUUCGUUCAGUUGAAUAGUAAUUAUUACGGAGAGAAUAUAAAUGGCAACGAAUCUGUCGAACAAGUGCUUGAUUACGAUGAAGAUGGAGACAAAGUAGACUGUUAUAUUUGUUAUAAAUCAUUCCCUAACGAGGAUCAUUUAAUUCGGCAUCAAAGAAAUGCACACAGGUCGGAACAACUAAUACCGACAGGAGACUCUGUGAAUACGUCCAAUUUAAAUGGAGGUGGAAACAGAGCCGGAUACCAUCUAUUUUUUGUUUGCGAACUUUGUGGCAGCUCGCACCCUAGUAAAUGGGAACGUUGGUUACACGUUAGCUCCUCCCACAGCAACGAACCAGCCAUUAAAUGUGAUCGUGAAGAUUGUGGUAAAAUCUUUGCGACGAAGUCUCUCAGAAACGAUCACAUUCAACAUCAUGCAAUUCAAGGCUCGUCCCCGAAUACCUGCGAAAUUUGCGGUAAACUUUGGGGUAGUAGAGUGGAUUACUGGAAACAUGUCAUGGGCGUUCAUUCAGACACUGUUCCAUUGAUUUGUGGGGUUUGCCUGAAAGUGUUUCCAAACGUGUUACAAUUAAGUACUCACGUUAAAUCGAAGCAUUGGCCUUUAACGAACGGCGAUUUUAGUUGCGACAUAUGUGGAAGGCCGUAUUCGAAUAAAUCCAAAAUGUCUAGACAUAGAAAAAUUCAUGGUUUCGAGGAAGCUUGCAAUAACGGAAUGGAAAACAACGAACACAAAGUGGACGGACGAAUCAGAGAAACCGAAUUAAGCUGCGAGCUUUGCACAGAUUUGAAGUUCACUAGUUUAGAAAAAUUGUGUAAUCAUAGACGAGUCGUCCACGGACUUUUCCCUUGCGAUCUCUGCAACAAAUGCUAUGGAAGAACUUCUCACUUAUGGAAACACGUGAACAGGGUGCACAAAGGCCACGAGGACGUAACCUGUCCUUAUUGCUUGAAAACUAGCGCGUCGAAGGAUCACUUGGCUGCUCACAUUUCAAAGAUUCAUAGAUACGAACCGGAUUCUAGAAAAGACGGGAAAGACAGUCGGCAGUUUAAAACGGAGGAAGUUAGUUUGCAUUAUUGCGAGAAAUGUAAUAAGGGAUUUCACAAGCGGUACCUUUUGCGUAGACAUAUGAAGGGAUGUCAGAAUUAUAGGAAAGAUCCUGGAGCGUUGCUAACGAGAUGUAGAGCUUGCGAAAGAAUAUUUAAGGAUCGUGCCAGUUUACAAAAACACAUUGAGAAUCAUCAUAGUACGUACACUUGUCAUCUUUGCAACGAGACGAUCACCUCGAAAUUAGGCAUUAUGACGCAUAAUAGAGUGAAACAUAUGGAUCACCCGGAUUUGACCUGCAAUUUUGGAGCUUGUAAAAAGUUGUUCAGAACAAAGGAAGAUCUAGAAGCCCACAGGAAGGACCAUAGGUAUCAUACGAAUCCUGACGUUUGUGACUUCUGUGGCGACACCGUGGAAAAUAAACUUAAAUUAAAAAUGCAUGUGUUGUCCCUUCAUCGCAAUGAGAUUGGUGUUUCUUGUGGAGUAUGCUUAAUCCCAAUGAAGGAUCCGAAAGAACUUAAAAGUCACGUAGAAGAGGUCCAUUCCAGUGUUCUUUCGAAACCCAACACCUGUCAAGUCUGUGGGAAACAGUAUGCUUCGAAAUGGAAGGCUUUCGAUCAUACUAAAAAGUGCCAUGGGAAAGUAUUUCGGACAUGUAAACAAUGUUUAGCUGUUUUUACAGAAGAUUCCGCUAUUAGAGAUCAUUAUGAAACUGUACAUAAUGUCCCAAAAGAUCAGCUUGCUGCAUUCGAGUAUAGACUAGAUAUUGGAUCGAAAAAUGAAGAUUUUGAAAUGGAGUCCCCUGACAUCAUUGUUAAAGAAGAACCAGAUGAUGUGGAGUAUGAUGCGGAUCUUUGCGACGAGGAUUCCAGUGAUUCGAAAAGAAAAAGAUCCUUAACGGAUACUUUUGAUUGCGAGAUGUGUCCGGAAAUGUUCGUAAACGUCGAUGCUCUUUCGAAACAUUAUCGUAAUAUGCAUAACACCGAUCCAGAAAGAAUGUUUAAGAGGUUAAAACAGGAAGAGCAGAGAAGAAUGCGUGGAAAAAUGAGUUUUAUUUGUAAAAAUUGCAAGAGACAGUUCUGCACAAAGACGCUAUAUUGGAGCCACGUUGCGACUUGCAGGAGAAAUAUCAUGCGAAAAGAAGUGGAACUGUUACCUUUGCGAAACGACAUUUUGGACAAUCGAGAAGAAAUUUUGAAAAAUAAUAAUCAAAUUAAAAAAGAAGAACCUACGUCAGAUUUGAAUAUUCCCGACUUCAACCUUUUUGAAGAUAUCAAUCUUCAACUCUCUGGUCAGAGACCUCUUCCAAAUCUCAUGCCACUUUCUCAGAGGGUGAAGUCUUCGAUAAAGUGUUCGAGAAAGGAUUCCAGAAAAGUUUACGAUGAAUCAACUAAUACAGAAUGUGCCUGCGAGGUAUGUGGAAAACAGUGGCCAGCGAAGAAACACUUAUGGCAACACCUUAUUCGGUUUCAUCGAGCAGAAGCUGCUGUCACUUGUGGAGUGUGCCUGAAACUUUGCAAAGAUUAUGACGAUCUAGCAGAGCAUUUGAAAGCUAUGCACGAAGCAAUAUUGUCGUGCGAGGGAAACAAUUUUACGUGUAAAACGUGUGGCAGGUACCACAACGCGCGCAGCAAGUUACUACUACACACAAGUAUUCACAUUGGGCAUGCGAGUAAUGGAACUACGUGUCCAAAAUGUCACAAAAAUGUCACCGACGAAACGGAUCAUUCUAAUACAUGUUCUGGGAAGACGGAAGAAGAAGAGGAGGAGGAAGAAGAAGAUGAACAUUUGAAGAACGAACAAAAGCCAGAAGGAAGUCUAAUAGCGGACGAUGGAGUAAUCGAAGAAGUGGAGGAAGGAGAGUUCGAAUCUGAAGCAGAAGAAGCAGACACCGAAGAAUCAGAAAGCGAUAGUAGUUCCGAAGGUGAAGAAGAAAAUGAUUCCGAAGGUGAAUCCAGAGCUACCGGGGAAAUCACUUAUAAUUCCGAGAGCGAAGAUUCCGAAGAAUUAGAUAAUUUGGAAAUGGAAGAAAAGAACAUGCAGUGUUUCACUUUGGAACACCUUCAGGAAGCCAAAAGCACAGAAGCAGAGAAAAACGAAGAAGAUCUGUCGGACGACGAUGGGCCUCCAAUUCUCAGUCCCAUAAUGCCUCUGCUUCCAGAAAACAUAUCCAACGAACAAUCGAGAGGUCACAAACUCGAUACAAUAAUAUCUGUUACCGAAAAUAGGGUAGAAUUAUGCAAUUUAUCCGAAAUGCAACAUCAGUCUUCUCUGAAAUCAACGAAUUUUUAUGGGAAAGGCACGUCUACCAAUGAGUCUUUGGAUUUUGGCUCUGAAACAUUUAUAAACCGAAGCGACGAAGACUUUGAAGAUACGAAACAUGACUUUGAUGAAAAUUCUAUCGAAGAAAGUAAGGACAACGAAGAAAUGGGGGAGAAUGAAGAAAAUGAGAGCAACGAGGCACACGAAGAAAUGGAAGAUAACGAAGAGAAUAACGAUGUAGAGGAAAAUGAAGAUAGCGAAGAAAGUGAUAGCGAAAAAGACAAAGACAGCGAAAAUGAUGAUAGCGAGGGAAGCGAAGAGAGCGAGGAAAAUGAAGAGCACGAAGAGCAUGAGGACAAUGAAGAGCACGAAGAGCAUGAGGACAAUGAAGAGCACGAAGAGCAUGAGGACAAUGAAGAGCACGAAGAGCAUGAGGACAAUGAAGAGCACGAAGAACAUGAGGAACAUGAAGAACAUGAAGAGCGUGAUGACAGCGAAGACCACGAAGAGCACGAGGAAAAUGAAGAAAGCGAAGAAAAUGACGAUAACGUAGAAAGUAUGCAGUUGGAUGAUCUGCAAGGUGCUGUUUUGAUGGUGACCGAAGGAAAUCAAAUACUGAUUCAACAAGAUAUAUCAGAGGAUGAAAAUGAGAACACAAAUCAGGAAUACGUCUAUUCCGCGUUUGCGUACAGUUCCGAGGAUGACAGUGAUGACGAAAGGAAAUGAGUGCCAAAUUGUGAUUAUUUAAUCUGAAAAAUUGUAAGAUGAAAAGAGUUGUUACAUGUUUCGAAAAAUGAAGAAUACGUGGAAAUAAAACGUAAAGCGUAAAAUGCAUCAUAAGAAAUAUAAUAGAAUAUAGAAUACAGAAUAUCAGGAUUUCAAAUUAAUUGGAACACUUACGUUGUUUAUUAAAUUAAAAACAGGUUAUAGAAACAUGAAUAGAAAUAUUUACGUAUAUUACAACGAGGAAUAUACACUUAGCGAAGAUUAGUGUCAUACUAGAGAUUCGUUAAAAAUAUUGAUCUACGAUGCCCACGUAUUCUUAAAAUGUAUCAAAGGUAAUCGGGAUUUGUAAUGCUUUAUUCUGUAUAAAAGAAAGAAAACAGAGAUUGACUAUUACGUGAUAUGUACCUUGGAAUUACCGAAAAUUCAUGCCGAUGCGCGAUGUUACGAUAACUUGUAAAUAUGUUAGAUUAAGUGAUAAAAUUAGCUUUCGCAAACUUUCUGGUAGGGGACCGUUCUUUCAUUAUGUCAAGUAGUUAGAAAGAGGGAUAUCAGUGACAUUUGUAAUAGGGAUGUUAUAAGGAUAUCAAUGAGUUUAAUGUAGGAUGAGAAGGGAGUAAACUAACAAUGAAUGCAAUGAACACGAAGGGGGAGGAAUAAAGUAGAGUAAAACCGACCAAAAUCAGUGUGAUGUAAUAAAAGAACAACCCCUAAGUCUCUGGGACAGGGAUGGCCGACUCGUUACUCUGUGCUAGCUUUAUGCUAGCUUAUAAGAUAUAAUGAAAAACUGAAUGUUCUAAAAAAUUUGGUUCAUUUAACUAAUGCACAUUAUUGUGCACUUAUAUCUUAAAACUACUACUACAUUCAAUUUCAAUUGUACCAUUUACAAUUAUGCACAAAAAAAAAAUAACGUUGAAUAUUAACGCAAGACACAAACAACAAUUGGUCAUCUCUGUCUUAGGCAAUUUAUUUAAGUUCUUACCGAUUUCGAUUUCGAUUUUGCAGCACAGAUCCGACUCGACCUCGAUUAAUUUGAGGUAAUUCGAUCGGUAUCGAUAUCUGAUUUUUCCAAAAUUUCUUUCUAUAAAUGUUUCCAAGCGAAAAUAGUACAAAGAUAGCAAUAUGCAGAAUUAUCGUAAUGUUAGAUAAAUAAUUAACGCAUAAUAACAAAAAGAAAUUUGUGAAAUUCUACUAAAUUUUAAGCGAAUCCUUUUAUAUGUAGUAUCGAACAUUCGUUUCAAAUAUACAAUACUGUAUUUGUUACACUGUUAUACAUAUCUAAGUUGAUGAUCUAUUACUAUUACAACACUACUACUACUACUACUACUACUACUAUUAUUAUUAUUAUUAUUAUUAUUAUUAUUUCGGUAUUAUAUUAAUAUCGAUUCGAUUGAAUCUACCACAGGAAAAUUUCAAAAAUCGGAUGAUGAAGCAACAGAAACAACUUAGUGUAUAUAGUAGUAAUGUAAGUAAUUUCGUGUACAGCUACGUUAUACUAUACAAAAAACAAGGGACAUGUUUGUAUGCGUGUAUGGAAGCAUGAUGAUUGCAUGAAAGAAAGGAAAGGCCAGCUUCUAUUACUUUUUUACUAUCGAACGUUGCGAAUGGUUCAGAAGAAACUGAUAAUCGGUUCUGUUUCCCAAUAAAAGUGUUCAAUAAUUAUAUACGUAUGUAUAAAUUACAUUCUUGUUGAUUAUAUUGAACACUUUCUUUCCUCAGUUUCUUUAACAAAUGUCGGUUCUGUUUCCCAAUAAAAGUGUUCAAUAAUUAUAUACGUAUAUAUAAAUUAAUUACAUUCUUGUUAAUUGUAUUGAACACUCUCUUUCCUCAGUUUCUUUAACAAAUGUCGUUCCGUUGUACUUUAUCAACCUUAGAGUUACGUGUAUAUUUUAGCGUAGUAAACAAAACUUCGUUUGUAAUCGCACCAAUUUCGUUUCGAUAUUUCCCAUUACCUUAAACCCAUCGAUAAUGUUCAUUCGAUAGGAAAGCAAAACACGAAAUACUAUUUCUUUUUUAAUUCACCUAAUUAUCCAUGGUCAUUUCUUAUGAGUUCCGUUCGACUUUCUUUCGUUUUCGUUUAUUAUUUAUUGGGGGGCAUUCGCUUCCUUUCCAGCGUGUUAGUACAUAAGAAAUGAAAAUGGCAAUUCGCAUUUAACGUUUGUAACGAUUACAAUAAAAAUUACAAAGUUGAUUAAUAUCUUAUCCUCAUUUUGAUCCUAUAAAAAUUGAUCGAUACUUUAUUAAUGUUUAUUAAGCGAAAGUGUACAUAAAUUUCAAUUCCAUGAUCUUUAAUUCAACGUAGUCAAUUGUAUGAAUGCGAUAAACGUAUAAUCGAGAAGUAUUAAAAAAAAAUGAAUUCAAAGAACUAUCGAAAUUAUGUUGCUUUGAUACUUCGCUGUAAUACUUCUUUUCAAUGUUAGUAUUCAUUUUUAUCCUCGUAUCUUUAUUGAAGUAAACUGUAAAGUUCUCGUAAGUUUACGACGAAAUGACUAUACCAAUAGAUAAAUUAAGGUCUAAAUAAAAUAUUCUUUUACAAAAAAAUAAAAUUAUUGUAAAUUAUGUAUAGAAUAAAAAUACGCGUGUUCGUUUAUGUUAAACAAAAUUUUGUCUCGAUUUUUACACAGCUAAAAUUGUAUUUAAAACUAUGAUGUUAGAAAUAACAGUCGGCUGUAAAUUUUCGUUGCAUGAAUCAGUUGAAGCGUGUGCGAAUUUGUUAUCAACCGAAUUGUAAUUAUCUUAAGAUCCAACACGAGUAAUUAUUUUUAUAUUGUAUUUAAUUUAUCACUAAAUUGUCUAAUUCUGUUUCAGAUCAAAUAAAACAUUGGGAAAAAAAGAAGA